UUACUUUACACUAAUAUUGCUAUCAGUAUUCAGUCAUUUAUAUUUCGUUUUCGUAAUAUUCUAUUUCUAUUAUUCGUAUUCCGGUUUCGUCUUUCGUGCAUUGUACUGAGUUAAAAAUUAUUACAUUUUCAUUAUUAUUUAUUACCUAACUAUUAUCGAUUUCACUCGAAGAUGAGCUUAGUGUGGAAUGUUUUCACUAAGUCCGAAUGUGGAUACAGGGCGACUUGUGAUAUGUGUUUUAAAAGUUUUUCAAACUCGGGUUCAAAUACAACAAAUUUGUGGAACCACCUCAAAAAAUCCCACAAAGGAAAGUAUCAUGAACUCGAUAAACAAAAACGAGGAACUGAAAAUUGUGAGCUCGGACCAUCCGACAAUUCCGACAUGUUUGACCUAUUUACCACUUCACAAGAUACUAACACUUUAAAUGGAUCAACUUCAUCAUCGUGUUCAUCACAUUCAUUACCACUGGCAAAUGUUUGUGAUGAAGUUGUUAAUAGUUCUUCUAAUACGAUUGAGAAAACAAAACUACAUACAAAACAGACUAUGAUGACAUCAUUUACUCUGACACCGUCCAAUAAACUUAAGCUAGAUAAAAUUCUUGCAUAUUUUGUUGCUGUAGAUAUGAUGCCUUAUAAUAUAGUCGAAAAAGAAGGUUUCAAGGCUUAUACUCGUGCCUUAAAUCCAAGUUAUCGUUUGCCUAGUAGGAGUACCCUUACCAACAAAAGAAUUCCAGAUCUUUAUCAAGAAACAAAGUUGAUAGUACAAAAUAUAGUAUCAACUACUACAUUUUUGUCAUUAACUACAGAUUGCUGGACAUCAGUAUGCAAUAAGCCUUUUCUGGCACUGACUUGCCAUUUUUUGGACAAACAGUUUAAUCUAGUUUCUAUAUGCUUGGGAUGUCAAGAGCUUUCUGAAAGUCAUACGGGAGACAAUCUAGCAAGUGCUAUUCAGCUACAGUUAUUAGAAUACAAUUGUGAUAUUGAUGCUAGCAUUGGAGCUAUAUCAACAGACUAUGGUGCAAAUGUACUGAAAGCUGUUGAAAACUUGAAAAUACCACAUGUUCCUUGUUUUGGACACAGUUUUAACACAGCGGUUAAAAGAAUAUUUGAGUUGGAUGAAGUUAAAGUUUCAAUUAAUAAUGUUAGGGCAAUACAAAAUAUUUUUGCAUACAGUUGGAAGGCAGUUAAAGAAAUGGCUAUAGAACAACAGCGAUAUGGGCUAAAAACUGUUAAGUUUCCAUCUUACUCAAAGACUAGAUGGUGGUCUUUAUUGGACCUCAUAGAAGUAAUUUUAUCUCAAGAACUUCCUCUUGCUUCAUUUUUGAGAACAUACAACAAAGGAGCGUUUAAAGAUAGAAUGAUUGAUGAACACCAAAUUGAAAUUUUAAAAACAGUUAUUUCAACAUUAAGUCCAAUUCGCAAAAUUUCUGAUAAUUUAGCAGGCGAGUCUUAUGUUACGGCAUCAGCCAUAUUACCUGUAGUUAAUAUGAUACUGAAAAAAUUGUUAGGAGUUGAUGAACAAGUACUUACUGAAGAAAAUAGAGUUUGUUUAGUUUUGAAAAAAAAAAUGCUAGAAACAAUGAUGACUGUAUUCACUAAUCGUUAUGGCAAUAAUAUUAUAUUAAAAAUGUGUACUGCUUUGGACCCAAGAUUCAAAUUGGAUAGAAUUGAUAUCGAACGAUUCGAACAUACUUCAAUUGAUUUAGAAUCAUUCAAGAAAAUUCUAAAAGAAGAAUGUAUACGUACAUGGCAAUAUUCUCUAUCAAAAUCAGAAUCAAGUUUAGAGUCUCCACCAAAAAAAUCAAAAUCAACUGGACUCUCUGCAAUUUUUGACACAAGUUAUGAUCUACAAUCGACAGAAUCUACUUAUACGGAACUAUCUAUUGGCGAUAAAGUAGAAAAUGAGAUAAAUGGAUAUUUGAAUCUACCAAAAAUUGACUUUGAACAGAGUCCAGUGACAUGGUGGCAUCUAAGUGGAACAAUGUUUCCAUUUUUGAAAGUAAUGGCAAAUAAAUUGAUGUGUAUACAAGCUACUAGCGUGGCCUCGGAGAGGGUAUUUAGUCGUGCAGGUAACAUAGUUACUGAUCAGAGGGCAUCACUUACUGAAGAUCAUUGUUCUCAACUUAUUUAUUUAUCGAUGAACAAAAAAUUUGUUCCAAAUCCUUUUAAUUUUUAAAAUAUUAUUAUUGUUAUU